CUGUUUUGGGAUCAGUUCUCUCCUGCCUGGUGGAAGGGCUAUGCGUCUGAAGGGGAUUUUUGUGAUGACACGUGCAAAAGAAACAGGGCAAUUUUUGAUGAAUCAGCCAAAAAAGAUGAGGAAGUUUUUCGAAUGGCAGUUGCUGAUCUCAACCAGAAUGAUGAAAUCUUACAAACAGAGAAAAUCACGUGUUCAGUGACAUUUGUGGAUGGCAACAAUCCAUUUCAGGCGGUGCAAGAAGCCUGUGACCUGAUGAACCAAGGCAUCCUGGCCCUUGUCAGCUCCAUCGGCUGCACGUCAGCAGGAUCCCUGCAGUCACUGGCAGAUGCCAUGCACAUCCCUCACCUCUUCAUCCAGCGUUCAACAGCAGGAACACCAAGAAGUGGCUGCGGGCUGACCAGGAGCAACAGGAAUGAUGACUACACACUCUCCGUCCGCCCUCCUGUCUACUUAAAUGAUGUCAUCUUGCGGGUGGUCACAGAAUAUGCCUGGCAGAAAUUCAUUAUUUUUUAUGAUAAUGACUAUGAUAUCCGUGGAAUACAAGAGUUUUUGGACAAAGUAUCUCAACAGGGAAUGGAUGUAGCACUGCAGAAAGUAGAAAACAACAUCAAUAAAAUGAUCACAGGGCUCUUUGCCACUAUGCGAAUAGAAGAACUGAACCGCUACAGGGAUACUCUGAGACGGGCUAUUCUUAUAAUGAACCCCUCAACAGCCAGAUCAUUCAUAACAGAGGUCGUGGAGACUAAUUUGGUUGCAUUUGACUGUCACUGGAUCAUUAUAAAUGAGGAAAUAAAUGAUGUGGAUGUUCAGGAGCUGGUGAGAAGGUCAAUUGGAAGAUUAACAAUUAUUCGACAGACAUUUCCAGUCCCCCAAAACAUAAGUCAGCGCUGUUUCCGUGGCAACCACAGAAUAUCUUCAUCACUGUGUGAUCCGAAGGACCCUUUCUCCCAAAGCAUGGAGAUUUCAAACCUGUAUAUAUACGACACUGUUCUCCUGUUGGCAAAUGCCUUUCAUAAGAAGCUGGAGGACAGGAAGUGGCACAGCAUGGCCAGCCUCACCUGCAUCAGGAAAAACUCUAAACCCUGGCAAGGAGGACGAUCUAUGUUGGAAACCAUCAAGAAGGGUGGAGUGAACGGCUUGACUGGAGAACUGGAGUUUGCAGAAAAUGGGGGGAAUCCCAAUGUGCAUUUUGAAAUUUUGGGAACAAAUUAUGGAGAAGAUCUUGGCAGAGGGAUUCGUAAGCUUGGCUGCUGGAAUCCCAUCACUGGUCUGAAUGGGUCACUAACAGACAGAAAGUUGGAGAAUAACAUGCGAGGCGUGGUUCUGCGUGUGGUGACUGUGCUGGAAGAGCCCUUUGUUAUGGUGUCUGAAAAUGUUCUGGGAAAACCGAAGAAGUAUCAGGGCUUCUCAAUAGAUGUGCUGGAAGCCUUGGCCACUUACCUCGGCUUUAAAUAUGAAAUUUAUGUUGCACCGGAUCACAAGUAUGGGAGUCCUCAGGAUGAUGGGUCAUGGAAUGGACUGAUAGGAGAACUGGUAUUUAAGAGAGCUGAUAUAGGGAUCUCCGCCCUAACCAUCACCCCCGACAGGGAAAAUGUGGUGGACUUCACAACACGUUAUAUGGACUACUCAGUGGGUGUGCUGCUCCGAAAGGCGGAGAAGACAGUGGACAUGUUUGCCUGCUUGGCACCGUUUGACCUCUCCCUGUGGGCAUGCAUAGCUGGCACUGUGCUAUUAGUAGGGCUACUGGUCUACCUGUUGAACUGGCUCAAUCCCCCGCGUCUUCAGAUGGGAUCGAUGACCUCCACAACCCUCUACAACUCCAUGUGGUUUGUGUACGGAUCAUUUGUGCAACAAGGAGGAGAGGUUCCGUACACAACCCUGGCAACCCGACUGAUGAUGGGAGCUUGGUGGCUUUUUGCUUUGAUUGUCAUCUCCUCCUACACGGCAAACCUAGCAGCUUUCCUCACCAUCACACGCAUUGAGAACUCCAUCCAGUCUCUCCAGGAUCUCUCAAGGCAGACGGAUAUUCCUUAUGGCACUGUCUUGGACUCUGCAGUCUAUGAGCACGUCCGAGUGAAAGGGAUGAAUCCUUUUGAGAGGGACAGCAUGUAUUCCCAAAUGUGGCGGAUGAUUAACAGAAGUAACGGUUCGGAGAACAACGUCUUGGAGUCGACCGCAGGCAUUCAAAAGGUGAAAUAUGGAAACUAUGCCUUUGUAUGGGACGCAGCAGUACUGGAAUACGUGGCCAUCAACGAUGCAGACUGUUCUUUUUACACAGUUGGGAACACCGUUGCAGACAGAGGAUAUGGAAUCGCGCUGCAGCACGGCAGUCCCUACAGAGACGUUUUCUCACAGAGGAUUUUGGAGCUGCAGCAGAAUGGCGACAUGGACAUACUGAAGCAUAAGUGGUGGCCAAAGAACGGUCAAUGUGAUCUUUACUCAUCUGUGGAUACCAAACAGAAAGGAGGUGCCCUGGACAUAAAAAGUUUUGCAGGUGUUUUCUGCAUCCUUGCUGCUGGCAUUGUCCUAUCCUGUUUCAUUGCAAUGUUGGAAACGUGGUGGAAUAAAAGGAAAGGCUCCCGGGUUCCAUCAAAAGAGGAUGACAAGGAGAUCGACCUGGAGCACCUCCACAGGCGUGUGAACAGUCUCUGCACAGAUGACGACAGUCCCCAUAAACAGUUCUCCACCUCAUCGAUUGACUUGACCCCGCUGGACAUUGACACUUUACCCACACGUCAGGCACUGGAGCAAAUCAGUGACUUCAGAAACACUCACAUCACCACAACCACCUUCAUACCAGAACAGAUCCAGACUCUGAGCCGCACGCUGUCUGCUAAAGCUGCUUCAGUUUCUCCUUCGGCAGCGUGCCCGAGCACCGAACUGGCCCUUAGGCACAGGGCACCCAAUGGUGGCUUUUUCAGAAGCCCCAUCAAAACAAUGUCAUCUAUCCCUUACCAACCAACUCCUACUCUGGGGCUGAAUAUCGGUAGUGACCCAGACCGAGGCACCUCCAUCUGAGCAUCAGACCAAGUUUCUUCACUGUUUCUUUUUUUAGGACUCCCUUUGCAAGGAGCAGCUGUAAUAUUGUGGGACUAACAUGGAUGUAACCUUUUUUCCUUUUCCUUUUUUUUUUUUUUUUUUUGAGGG